AUGGAUAACAACAACAAACCAGUUGUUACUCCAGUGGUGCUCAAAGGAGCAAAUUACUUGUUGUGGAAAAGAACCACAAAGACCGCUCUUAGUGGCCGGGGUUUAUGGAUCCAUGUUGAAACAGACCAACUCCCCAAGAAAGCUAUCAAAGAAUACGCACCAAUCCUUAAAGCCUACUCAUACUGCGAGACGGCCAAGGAACUUUGGGAGACGCUUGCGAAUGUCUAUGGGAACGUGACCAACUUGACUCGAGUGUUUGAAGUCAAGAAGGCAAUUAACGGUCUCCACCAAGAAGACUUGGAGUUCACGAAGCACUUUGGAAAGUUCAGGUCACUUUGGGCCGAACUUGAGAUGCUCCGACCAAGCACAAUCGAUCCGGCUAUCCUAAAUGAGAGAAAAGAGCAAGAUAAGAUCUUUGGUCUCCUCCUCACUCUGAAUCCGGCGGUUAAUGAUCUCAUCAAACACAUCCUUAGAGGCGACAAGUUACCUACUCUUGAUGAUGUGUGUUCAAAAGUUCAAAAGGAACAAGGUUCACUUGGCCUAUUUAGUGGCAAGGAGGAACUGGCCAUGGCUAACAAGGGUGUCUACAAGCAUGAGGACAAAAAGGUGGUGAUAUGCGACCAUUGCAAGAAGAGGGGCCACAACAAGGACAAAUGUUGGAUUCUUCAUCCCCAUCUCAAGCCUGCCAAGUUCAAGGCUAAUCUCUCGCAAGAUGGACCAAGUGGUCAGGGUACCGGUGCAGCAAACCAAGGAGGCGCUACAGCUAUGUCAGCUUCCUAUGGGGAUCUUGUGAGGAAAUCAGACCUAGCGGCUCUCAUCAGAUCCAUCACUGCACUCAAGGACUCUGGUAUCACUUUCUUGGCCUUUAAACCUAGUAUGUCUCUUGUUGUAGACUCGGGAGCUUCUCACCAUAUGAUAAGAGUAGGAGACUUGAAACUAUUUGAUAAGAAUUCCAAAGCUUUCUUUAUGCCUACAUUUACAUCUAAUCUGUUAUCGGUUAAGAGAGCUACUACUGAUCUGAAUUGUUAUACUAUAUUUGGACCUAAUAGUGUACAUUUUCAGGAUAUUGAGACUGGAAAGAUUCUUGGAGAGGGGGAUGCUAGAGGAGAUCUCUAUGUCCUAGAGAACACUUCAUCAAGUUCUUCUAAUGCUUUUUCGCUUAUGUCAAACCUUAGUAGUAUUUCAAGUGAUGUACUAAGAUUGGAUAAUGGAGGAGAAUACACAAGUCACAAACGUAAAGAACACUUAGCAAAACACGGCAUACUACAACAAACAAGCUGCCCCUAUACGCCUCAACAAAAUGGAGUGGCAGAAAGGAAGAACCGACACCUUAUGGAAGUUGCCCGGUCAAUGAUGUUCCACACAAAUGUCACCAAGAGGUUUUGGGGAGAUGCUUUGAUGAUGGCGUGUUACUUGAUCAAUAGAACACCAACAAAAGUCCUACAAGAUGUGUCACCUUAUGAGGUAUUAAACAAAACUAAACCUUCAUUGGAUCACUUACGGGUCUUCGGUUGUGUUUGUUUUGUCUUGAUACCAAGUGAACAAAGAAGUAAACUUGACGCCAAGAGCAUCAAAUGUAUGUUUCUCGGAUACUCAAAAAGCCAAAAGGGGUACAAGUGUUAUGAUCCGACCAACGGCCGUAUACUUAUAUCUCGGGAUGUAAAAUUUAUAGAAGGCCUUGGGUACUACCAAAAGAAGGAUUGGGAAAGCUUGAAGGACUUAUCUCACUUCAACUCGGAUCGUGCAGCCAACUUACGUCAUCUCCUUGAUCAUCUUGGAAUUACUACACAAUCUUCUCAACUGGAACCAAGUGAGGCCAAUCAUCAAAAUAUUUUGACAUCAUCGUCACCUAGGGGAACAACACCUGAUGUUAGUGAUCCCACAGAAGAUCUCACAGAGAGCGUGCCAACUAGUACCGAAGACGUACAAACGGAGCCAGUGGCUCUUGAUAAUGACAAUGGAGACGAUAACGAUGAUGGUGUGAUACUUGAUGCUCCUAUAUCCCAAUCAGUCCAGCCUAGGAGAAGUGAGCGCCUUAAGACAAUCCAGCCUAGGAGAAGCGAACGCCUUAAGACAGUCAAACGAGUGUAUUACAACAAUCAAGCUGUCGCUCAUCCUAUAUAG